ACCGGAACUUACGCAAAAAUAACAACAAAACACGUCAAAAACAUGACAUUAUGCAUCAUCUUCUAAUCAAUAUGUAAUAUAUUUUCGAAUCUCUGUUACAUUGACCAUGGAUCGCCCGAAUCAACAGCAACAACAAGGAGACCAAGUCGCCUGGUGGUUUAAAAUUCUUGCAAGAGCUGUUGGAACGAUUGGAGGCCUUGUUGCUAUGGCCACAGGAGUAGUUGUUUGUGUCAGUUUUUCAGCAAUAUGCAUAUUAGGUGGAGUUCUCCAGAUAUUUAUAGGAUUUGUAGCAGUAGUUUUUGAAGCACCUUGUUGUUGUCAGUUCUUAGAUUUUACCGAUAAAAUAGGAAAAUUUUCCGAAAAUAGACCAUAUUGGCAGAAAGCUGUUACUUAUUGUAUAUUAGGAUUGAUACCAAUUAUAACAUGCUUUGAAGCAUCAACAGUAUUUGGCAGUGGUUUAGUGUUUGCAGCAGGUGUAGUGUAUGGUUUAAUGGCAAUUGGCAAAAAAGCUGAUCGAGAGACAAUGUUAUCUAAAGCAAAAGGCGAUGAUGUUGAACUUGGUGCAACACUUUUAGAAAAUGAACAAAAAGUAGAUUUACAUGUGCCUGAAAGCCCUGGAAAAUCAUGAUGGAACUUAAAAAAUGUUACAGACACUGCCAGAUAAAGGACAAAAUUGAAUAUUUUUCACAGCCUAACCUGUUACAACAGUUUAGACAUAUAUUCAAAAGUGUUGCAUAAUACAUUUGAAUUUUAAAAAUGGACGAUGGUCCUAGAAAUCAAUGCUGCAACAUUUUGGUAAUUUUGUCAAGUAAAAUGAAGAAGUUUUGAUCUUGAUCAAAGUAUUUUUUCAGCUUACCAGAUAUUCUUUACGUCCUGUUGUCAAAUUUAAAUGGGUAAAAUCUUCAAAUAAAUUUCCAAAAUAUGGCAUACUAGACCAGCUGAAUGAAUUUUUACAGAUUUUGACAAUCCUAUCAAGCCAAAUAGCAAGAGUCCUGAUACAAUUUUAAAGGGGCAUUAGCAGUCAAAUUCAUGUUCACCGAUUUGACUCAAAUUCUCAUAUUCGACUUAUAACAUACUAAAACGUAUAUCCAAAUUAUAAAAAGUCUAAAAUAAACAAUUUACAAUGCAUGAACUCGAUUGUAUGUAUCACAAUUUCGUGUGUAUUUUAGACUAGACACCAUCUAAUUAACCAUCGAGGUGACAUCUGAAGACUGCCGACAGUCAUAUAGCCCGAUAUAAUCAUAAACAUGGAUAUAAAUAGAUAGCGAACCCUUGCAAUUAAAUUUGCCUAGGUCUGUUUGAUUUCAAAUUAUAGGUUAAAAAACAUGUUAAUGGUUUUUACCUGUAAAAGAAUGAGCUUUUGUAGAUAGAAUCAGUCAACCAAAUGGUUUACCCUUGUUUUACUUCCAAUGUUGACAUUUUUUUCCUUUUAAUAGCUGAACACGCCUAAUUCAUGCUUACCCAUCUCUAGCUAAGGGGUUCAGUUGAAGUUCACAUGAUUACCAAUUUAAUGAGGUCGAAUUAUUCACUUGCAAGUGAAUAAUUUAUUAGAGAUGUUUCUUUGCUUAUUUUGACAAAACUGAACUAAACUGGCUGCUAUAAGCGAAUUAUUAUUUCACUAUUUCACUUUCAAAAAUGAUUGAACAAAAGAAAAUCAUAUUUUAUUUUUUUCUAUAUCUCGUAGCUAAUGCCCCUUUAAGAAUUUUCAGAAUGAUGUUACCUCCACAUUAUUGUUGAGAGAUUUUACUCUCUGCACCUCAAUUGGUGUACACAAAUGUUUUAUUGUUAUAAUGCUGGUUGUGUUUUCAGCAUAUGGGUAUACAAGUAUUUGGAUAGGUGUCUUUAUGCCUUAUUAAUUGUAAUGUAGUUUAUACUUGUUGGAUAUUUGUGUUUAUUAUCAAUUAUAGCUUUUAUUGUACCGGUACAUGAAAAAAUUCCUGCUUGAACUUAUAAUGGAGACCUAAUUCAAACUGCACUUUUUUUUUUUUACAAAAUUAAUGCUACUAGUUACAUAAAAGAUCAAUUAUUUUACAAUAGAGAAAAUAUGUGUCACAACGAAAAGCAUCUGAUAUCUGAUAGUGCUCAUGAAUUUUGAGUGAAAUCUGAUUUAUCACAGGAAUACAUGUACAAUAAACAUUUGUCCUAUUUUAGAAAUGUUAAACAACUUUACCUUUGUCAUUUUGAUACAUAGUGAAUUGUAAUUGUUAUGUAUCAGUUUACUGAAUAUAUACUAGUUUGUUCUUGUUAUGUACUGGUGUAUAUAUUUUUGCUGGCUGUAAAACUAUGAUGGAAUGAAAUGCUACUCUAGUUAAUUCUUAUAAGCCUAUAUGCAUUUUCUCCAGAGUUGAAAUGAACUUGUGUUUUAGUAGAGGACAAUCUGACAUACCGGUAGACAAAUUUUACAAAUAUUUCACACUUGUUAUUCCUGAUUUAUCUCACUAGACUAUGCUGAGAAUAAAUCAAAUUUGACAGACGUUUUGAUUCAAUUGGUUAUUUCAACCAAUAUUUUUCUCCAAUUUUCACACAAUUUUUCAAUAUUAAGCUGGUGAAAUAAUUUUUAAUCUUAUUUCAAAUCCAUCAAUUAUAUUUACAUUGUGUAAUGAUAAUACAAAAAAGUAUUUAUUGUAAUGAGGUUUCAUCCUCUAGUGUUCUUUGAUGGCACUCAUUACAUGUGUGCAGAAUUAUGUUCCUUUAUUUUGCCUUUCUUUGGGGUGAUCAUUUUACAAAUAGCUCGCUUUGUUGCACCCACUUAUCUUUGGGAGCUGGACAUCAGUAGCCUUGAACAUUUUCUUCCUAUACAUUGUCCUUCUUGUUGCUCUUUUCCAUUACCAAUGUAUUUCAUUUGUUAAACCUUUAAUUAUUUUACAGCUGAAAAAAUAAAAAUUAAAAAAGAAUGGCUUUCAAUGUUACAAAUAAAAUGACUAAAAGAUGGAUUUCUUUUGUAGAAAGAUUCAAUUGAAAACUAUUAAAUUUUCCCUUCAAACAAAAAAGGAUUAUUUUACAUUGUUUUAUCAGAUACACAAAUAAAUAUUUUAGCUGCAGUGAUUUAAAAAAAGUUCCAUUCGGAAGUUAUUUUCUGUUUUGAAUUUAAAAAUGGUAUCAUGUAGUUUGAUUUCAUUGUUAUGUUUUUCAUAUUCUAGAACAAAUACAUAUAUGUGACCAGCCAUGAGAUUUUCAGGCUUGUGGAGGUACUAGGGUCAAAAUGAGUUUUUUGCAUUUUUAUGAAGUAUACAAAGAUUAAAAACACUCUGACAGGUUAUUUUGCUACAUUCUGCAAAAUUACAGAAUUAUGGUCAUUUUUGUGAGUUCCGUUUUUAUCAAAAUUUUCAUUUUAUUUGAUUUUUCACAUGUAUGUUUAUCUAUUAUAGAAUUAAUCAAAAAGUAAUUGUUGCUUUAAUAACUUAAUACACUAAAUUGACUUACCAUUCUGAAACCAUUUCAUUCAGUGACUUAUAGUCAAAAAUAUUUUGUUUACUUUCGUUUCAAAAUUUAAAAAUAAUAUAACCUAAGUGAUUUCCCUUUAUGAAAACCAACCGCUCAAAACGGUUUCAGGAAAGGAAAUAAAUUUACGCAUCAUAAAAGAUUUAUUUAUAAUUUUUCUGUACUUAAAAAUAAAAAUAAUAUCUAUUAAUGGUGAUAUAAUUUAAACCAUUUUGUUUAACCGAAAACAUGUAAAUGAUGCAGGAGAAAGUGAUUUACGCAAUGAAAUCUAAAAGACCAAAUUGUGAUAAUUUUGAACGCGAUUCCUAACAGAUUUUAACCUAAAUUAUUAAUUUUACGUAAAAAUUCGACUUCUUUUGUAAAUCCCAAUAGAAAAUUAUAAUUUCCUCAAGUGUAGUAAAAUAUUAAACAUUAUUUUAUCGCAUAAUAUAAUUGGACAUUCAAUAACAGGUGCCCGGAUUACGUUACAUGACUUUACAUCGACGUUUUCUCAUUGGGAUGUUUACCGCCAUAAGCCUGGAAAUGUCAUGACAGGUUACAUAUAUAAACUUCAUCUAGAAUUUAGAAAAAGGCAAAAAAGCAACUUAAUUUUAUUUUUGGAUUUAAUUUUAUUUAAGUUUAUUAUACACCCUGUAGAAAUCAGCCUGUCUGUCUGUGCUAACUUUUCAAUCCUUUGUCUAAUUUAAACCAAACUUUGUACUGUAAAUAACAUAUCAUGAUGUUUAAACUUUGAACACUACAGAUUCUUACUUCAGUUAAUAGCAUUUCUGGAAUUAUUUCAUCUAAACUCAGAAAACAUACUUUUCAGAGUGCACUUUGUCGACUCAACUUCUCCAACAUGCUUGAUCAUAUUUUCAUGAAACUUUGUAAAUUAUAAUAUCUUAACAUGAAGAUGUGCACAUAAGAAGGUCAUUCUGAUCCAUUGACAAGUACUUUGAACAUACAAAUUUUGUAUGCUAUUAAGUAUUCACAUUUGUGAUGUUACUCCUACCAGCCUAAUCAGACGUUUAUGAAAUCUACCUUGUAAGAACCCAACAUUAGCAUGCUCUUAAUAUUAGGGCAUUCUGGUUGGUUGACAAAUUCCAGAGUUAUUCCCUUUACAUAUAGAAAUUGUUUGUACUAUUCAACUGUAAUGUUGUGCUGUAUUGACUACUUGAUCAAGCAUUGGAAAUAUACCCAAGCUCUUGCAUCAAAUUGUAUCACAUGUUUAGAAGAUUGUUGGGGGGAAAUGUAAAUAAUGAACUUUCAUUAUUCAAAACUAUUUGUUCAAUUGUAUUAGAAAUAUUCAUGCAUUGCAUAUGUAUAUUAGAUUGUAAUGAAAUGAAAUCUAGUCAAUUACAUCCAUUACUGUUUAUUUUUGUUAUUUGGUCUAGGCCAUUUAAACCUACGCAUAUGCUAUACUAGUUUAUUUACAUGCCUCAGUUUGUAACAGCAAAACUAUUAGUAAUUAUCAUGAUUAUCAGAUAAGAUAUUAAUACUAAUAAUGUAUAUAUACCUUUUUACAAAUCAUGCCUUAUAAUGAUAUUUUGGUUAUAAUGAAAAUCAGUUUUCUUAUGUUUGAACUAUUGGUUUUUAUAAAAGAAAUUGUUAUACUUAUGCAGAAUUUUGGUAUGAGGUGGAAAGAACUGAUAACCCUAUUAAUGGUAUGUUGAGAAAAUUUUGUUGAAAUUUCAAAAAAAUAUUCAAGGAGUGGGAUCUUUCAAUAUCUGACCAAUAGAUAUCAGUUAAAAAAAUAAUUUGUGAUUUCUAUUCAAGCUAUUGUGGUUUACAAGUGAAUUUUAACUAACUGACUUAUGUAAUGAACCAUAUUAAAGGUUUUAGGAAAAAGGCAAACAGCUCUGUUUAAAAUGUCUAGUUACCAUUUGGAAUGCAUUAUAUGUGUUGUACACUAGUAUGUGUAUAUGAGUAUAAAAUUAUGUUGUGUCACUUCUUUUUAAUUUUUUAUUAUACGACCGCAAAAAUAUUUUGCGGUCGUAUAUUGGUAUGAUGUUGGCGUCGUCCGAAGACACAUUGGUUUUCGCACUCUAACUUUAGUUUAAGUGAAUGGAUCUCUAUGAAAUUUUACCAUAAGGUUCAAUACCACAAAAGGAAGGUUGGGAUUGAUUUUCGGGGUUAUGGUACCAACAGUUAAGGAAUUAGGUGCCAAAAAGGGACCAAAAAUAAGCAUUUUUGUAACUUCCAGACAUUACUUGUGUGUUAGUGUAUGAAUCUCUCUGAUAUUGUACUUUAAGGUUCCAUAUCACAAAGGGAAGGCUGGGAUUGAGUUUGGGGGUAAUUGCCUCAAACAUGUAGGAAUUAGGGGCCAAAAAAGGGGCAAAAAACAAGCAUUUUUCUAGUUUCAUGACAAUAACUUGUGUGUAAGUGUGUGGAUCUUUCUGAAAUUGUACUACAAGGUUCCAUAUCACAAAGGGAAAGCUGGAAUUGAGUUUGGGGGUAAUUGCCCAAAAUGUUUAGGAAUAAGGGGCCAAAAAUAAGCAUUUUUCUAGUUUCCAGACAAUAACUUGUGUUCAAGUGUAAGGAUCUCUCUGAAAUUGUACUGCAAGGUACCAUACCACAAAAGGAAGGCUUGGAUUGAUUUUAGGGGUAAUUGCCACAAAAUUUUAGGAAUUAGGGACCAAAAAGGGCAAAAAAACAAGCAUUUUUCUAGUUUCAGGACAAUAACUUGUGUGUAACUGUAUGGAUCUUUAUGAAAUUGUACUACAAGGUUCCAUAUCACAAAGGGAAAGCUGGGUGUGAGUUUGGGGGUAAUUGCCCUAAAUGUUUAGGAAUUUGGGGCCAAAAAGGGGCCAACAAACAAGCAUUUUUCUAGUUUCCAGAAAAUAACUUGUGUUCAAGUGUAUGGAUCUCUCUGAAAUUGUACUGCAAGGUACCAUACCACAAAGGGAAGGCUGGGAUUGAGUUUUCGGGUGAUGAAUCAUAAGGGGUUUCAAAAAAUUGGGGGGGGGGGAUUUUUUUUUCCUUCUUUUCCUUGUUUUUUUUUUUUAAAUUUUCCAUUUUAAAUUGGUUAUUUCUGAUUUAUAUAUAAAAGCAAAUAAUAAUGAUAUGGUUUGAAUUGGUAAAUUAAAAAUUUUCAAGUUCUUAGACCACAUUCAUUCUGUGUCAGAAACCUAUGCUGUGUCAAAUAUUUAAUCACAAUCCAAAUUCAGUGCUGUAUCAAGCUUGAAUGUUGUGUCCAUACUUGCCCCAACUGUUCAGGGUUCGACCUCUGCGGUUGUAUCAAGCUGCGCCCAGCGGAGCAUUUUAUCACACAUAUAAGGUUGUUAAGACCAGAUUAUUUCUAUACAUUAUACAUCUAUGGGCAUUUUUUUCAACAUCACUUACUGUUUUAAAUUUAAGUCAAAAUGUCCUAUAACCUUUCCAUAAUAAUAUUUGUGGAACUGCUUUGUGGUAAAAGGCUAUAUUAGAUAUGAAUAUUUGAGACUUUUGUUGUAAAUUUAUGUUUGCUAUGACAUUUUGCUGCUUUUCUUCAUUAGUUGACAUAUGUAUGCCUGAAAAUCAAGAUGACUCAUAGAAGCUUUCAAGACAUAGAAGUCAUGAUAGCUAAGAAUAGAUUUAUAUUGCCUAUAAUUGGGAGGAAAAUACCAACAGUUUGUCACUGUUGUUUAUCACAACAUUUUAUUGUUUUGUUUGUGUAUUAUUUAUUGUAUUAUUUAAAAUAUGCAUGUUGGGAAUUGCCUGUUAUGUAUGAGUUGUAGACACAAAUAAAGUUUAAAAGAA